AUGAAAGUCUCAUCAGCAGCUUUAGACGAAAUUCAAGAAGAAAUAUCUAAGCUCGAUGAUCGUUACGUUCUUGAUAAAGUGAUUGGCGCAGGGAGCUACGGUGUGGUCAUUCGUGCUCGAGAUACUAAAGAUGAUAACAAAUUCGUUGCCAUAAAACGCGUCAACGAGGAUAUUUUUGAGGAAGUCACUCUUGCCAAGCGCAUUCUGCGUGAGAUCAAACUCUUAGCUCAUUUUCACGACCAAAACAUUAUCGGACUACGUAAGAUCCUCGUCCCUCGAACGGUAAAAGAGUUCAAACGCAUUUACAUUGUCAUGGACAUUAUGGAUACGGACCUGAAGCAGGUACUGCGUAGCGGUCAGGUCCUCUCCGAGGCUCACACCCAAUUCUUCAUCUACCAAACCCUGCGCGCCCUCCACGUCAUCCACAGCGCAGGCGUGAUUCACCGCGACGUAACCCCGGCCAAUCUCCUUGUGAACACCAAUUGUGAUCUCAAGAUCUGCGACUUUGGCCUGGCAAAGGAGGAGAACGAUCGUGGUGAGUUUAUGACGGAUUACGUGACCAUGCGUUGGUAUCGCGCCCCAGAGUUGGUCAUGGAGGACGUGGACUACUCCACGAAGAUUGAUGUGUGGGGUGUGGGGUGCAUUCUCGGCGAACUCCUCGGCUCUCGUCCUCUUUUCCAGGGGAAGGACCGCGUAAAUCAGUUGGAUAAGAUCAUUGACGUUAUUGGAACCCCAUCCGAGAAUGAUUUCUGUAUGGGCUCCGCCGCGGCGCGUGCGUAUCUUCGCAGAAGGACUCAUCGAGCACCAAUAGACUGGCGAGAGAAAUACCCUAACGCGUCUGCGGAGGCGUUGGAUUUGCUAAAACGAAUCCUUGUUUUCAAUCCAAAGGAGCGGUUAUCUGUCACCGAAUGUAUGCGACAUCCAUUUCUAGAAUCUAUUUAUGAUCAAGAUGACGAAGCUACGUGCGCGCCAUUCGUUUUUGAUGACAAAGUGGAUGCAACGCUAGAUGAUGUGAAGGAGGAGAUUUUAUUGAUGGAAUCGUAUUUUCGUGCGGAUUCCUCGACUGAAAUGGGUAAAAGGGGGAGAAGCGUCAGUAGUACUUCACGCACGAACGGUCCUAGCGUCGAGGCGCAUGGAAAAGAUCGAUCUGCGCUUCAGACGUUUAAUGAACGAACGACAGAAGAAGAAAAGGAAUGA